CGCUCUAUCUCCCACCCCAUAUCCCAAGAUGGCGGCGGCCGCUGCUGGCGGCGGGGCGGCGGCUGCGGGAGGAGCAGUGUCCGCACUGUGGAGCGAAGUGAGCCGCUUCGGGCAGAGCGGCGACUACGCGCGUGCUGCCAAGGCCGUCAGCAAGAUAUUGCAGAUCAACAAGGAUGAUGUGACUGCUCUUCACUGUAAAGUGGUGUGUCUUAUUCACAGUGGAAGCUUUAAGGAAGCCCUCAGUGUAAUCAACACACACACAAAAGUGUUAACCAGUGACACCAUUGCCUUUGAGAAGGCCUACUGCGAAUACAGGCUGAACAGAAUUGAAAAUGCCCUGAAAACCAUUCAGAGUGCCAGCCAGCAGACAGACAAACUGAAGGAGCUUUAUGGACAAGUGUUGUAUAGGUUGGAGCACUAUGACGACUGCUCGGCUGUGUAUCGGGAUCUUAUCCGUAACUCCCAAGAUGACUAUGAGGAAGAAAGGAAAACCAACCUUUCUGCAGUGGUUGCAGCCCAGAGCACCUGGGAGAAAGUGGUGCCAGAAGAUUUGGGUCUCCAAGAAGCUACCUAUGAACUGUGUUACAAUGCUGCAUGUGCAUUGAUUGGGCAAGGCAAGCUGAAUGAGGCAAUGAAAAAACUACAGAAAGCAGAAGAUCUGUGUCGCCAGUCGCUCUCAGAAGACUCUGAUGUGACUGAGGAAGACAUUGAGGCUGAACUGGCUAUUAUUCACGGUCAGAUGGCUUAUAUUAUGCAACUGCAGGGUCGCACAGAAGAUGCUCUACAGCUUUACAAUCAAAUAAUCAAAUUAAAGCCAACAGAUGUGGGAUUGCUUGCUGUAAUUGCAAAUAACAUCAUUACUAUUAACAAGGACCAAAAUGUCUUUGACUCGAAGAAGAAAGUGAAGCUGACCAAUGCGGAAGGAGUGGAACACAAACUCUCCAAGAAACAACUCCAGGCGAUCGAGUUUAACAAAGCUUUGUUGGCAAUGUACACCAACCAGGCAGACCAGUGCCGCAAGCUAUCAGGAAGCCUACAGUCACAAAGCCCUGAGCACCUGCUCCCUGUGUUAAUUGAGGCAGCCCAGCUGUGUCGUGAGAAACAGCACGCAAAAGCAGUUGAGCUUCUCCAGGAUUUUGCAGAUCAACAUCCUGCCAGUGCAGUAGAGAUCAAGCUUACAAUGGCACAGCUGAAAAUUGCUCAAGGUAGCGUCACAAAAGCCUGCAUCAUCCUGAAGAGCAUAGAGGAGUUGCAGCACAAGCCAGGCAUGGUGUCUGCAUUAGUGACGAUGUAUAGUCAUGAAGAAGAUAUUGACAGUGCAAUUGAGGUCUUCACACAAGCUAUCCAGUGGUACCAGCAAUUCCAGCCAAAGUCUUCAGUUCACCUGUUGCUCAUACGGGAAGCAGCCAACUUCAAGCUGAAACAUGGGAGAAAGAAGGAAGCCAUCAGUGACCUGGAGGAGCUGUGGAAGCAGAAUCCAAAAGAUGUUCACACCUUGGCCCAGCUCAUCUCUGCCUACUCCCUUGUCGAUCCUGAGAAGGCAAAAGUCUUUAGCAAGCACUUGCCCUCGUCGGACACAAUGUCUUUGAAAGUAGAUGUGGAGGCGCUUGAAAAUUCUCCUGGGGCAACGUACAUUCGGAAGAAAGGUGGAAAGGUCACAGGCGAGAACCAACAGAAGGAGCAAGGGCAAGGAGAUGUAAAGAAAAAGAAGAAGAAAAAGAAGGGAAAACUGCCCAAGAACUAUGACCCCAAAGUGACCCCGGACCCUGAGCGGUGGCUUCCAAUGCGAGAACGUUCCUACUACCGUGGAAGGAAGAAGGGUAAAAAGAAGGAUCAGAUUGGAAAGGGGACACAGGGAGCAACCACAGCUUCUGCUUCUGAACUGGAUGCCAGCAAGACUGCGACUAGCCCACCUACCUCCCCACGGCCUGGCAGUGCUGUUGCCCCAUCCUCUGCAGCCACCAGUAAUGUGAUCCCUCCCAGGCACCAGAAGCCAGCUGGUGCUGCUGCAACCAAGAAGAAGCAGCAGCAGAAAAAGAAGAAAGGAGGCAAGGGAGGGUGGUGAUGAGAGUGACUGCUGGUUGCAGGCUGUGUAAUGCUCCCUCCACCUAUGUAAGGCAUCCAGAGCAGAAUAAAGGUCAAAGAGCAAGGAGCGGCACCGGCUUUUGGCGUGAAUCACGCUGUUCCUGAUGCCAUGGCUGUCUGUGCCUUGUGUCAGUCUCACAGGAGUACAGGAAGCUUUCCAUUCUCUCUCGCCUCGCCUAACUCCCUUGGUAGCCCAUCAUCUGUUCUCACUUGUCACUUUCUCCAUGUGAGUGAAAAGAGGGGUGGAAGCAUCAUGGUUCCUUUGCUCACAGUCAGUCCUGACAUCCCCACCCUGUGCUCACAGCUGUUUUUCAGCAGUUGUGCAAAUGAUGCUCAUUUUCCCUGAAUCCAUUUGUGUUGGAGAAUAAACAGAAGCCACCGGUCACAACAAGCACAUGGUGUUGUUGGCCUCCGCCUUAGAUCCUUGA